AUGCUGAAAGGCCCGGUAGCUUAUGAGGCAACGGUUGUGACGCGCUUGAAAUCAGCAGGGGCCGUCGUGACUUCUGGUGUUUUGCCGACAACCUCCACAUACACAGAUGGUGCUCAGGGUCGCUUGGAAGUGACUGCGCGCCCUCCCAUCCAGCGAGGCGUAACAUGGAAAGCUCAUGCGAGCGGCAGCACCAGCGGCAAUUGUGUUUUUAGUGAGCAGAGACAGACAGGAGAUGCUCGAGCGGGCAGAGGUUACAGGAUGGGGUUCUCGCCUUCCAAGGGUAGCGUGAGCUUGUUUGGAUGUUUCAGUGCAGCUGAUGUCUUAAGAAGAGACAAUACAGCAGCUGUGGCUUCAGGGAACGCUUCCCCGCUAUUGCAGGCCUCUUGCGGAACCCCCGCUUUGUGGAUUUGCGGAGGGGAUGUGGCAGUGCUGCAUCAAAUCUUUAGGGUACUCAAGGCAGCUGACCCUUGCGACCUUCAGACAUUCAGGUUUUACCUAGAGCAAGCGCAGACAAAGACAACUUCAAUGAAUAGAAGAGACAUUGUAGUCUGCCCUCGAGUUACGUGUCUACAAGUCACAGGCAAUGAAGAAUCCACCGCUCACUUACCCUUGGCAUUGGAGCGGCAGGAACUCCUGGAGCGUCUACAGAAACUUCAGCAGACGCAGCAGAAACAAAAGCAGUCAGUUGGAAGCUGCCGAAACCUUGCGGUCGCCUGUAUUGCAGCGGAGACGCUUCAGCGCGCAUCGGUUGGACAGGCGCUACUCCAGUGCUGUGAAGCAGCUGGUCUCCUUCUACGGAUUGGCGAAGGGGGCACCCAGGAGCCCUUUCCAUCCCAACGACAGCCGCAGAGAGCGCGACAAGACAGUAGACAUCAGGGGCAGCAGGAAGACCAGGAGCAGCAGCAUAAUCGUUGCUUUAGAAUGAAUGUCCUAUCGGAGAGGGCAAAGGCCUUCAGCCUCGAUGUUAUACGAAAAAUAUUGCUUGGAGGGGUACUUCUACAAGACCGCGGCAGGACGGAUUUGCUGCGUUGUGCCCGCAUUGCUCAACAGGAAAUUCGGGAGCAUCUAGACAGUUUUUUCACAGAAGCUGACGCCCUGCUGCAUUUCGCAGAGACCUCGGAAGCGAACCUGGAACAGCCCCUCUUUGUUGAUUGUGUGUCUGCAUCGGAAGCAGUAAACGUUGGUGUAGGCCCCCACACACCAACUGCAAGCCCGCACGGCGUAGCCCCAAAGGCUACACCGUCCCUCGAACCACAAACAACAUUUAGGGGCGUUCAUGAACAGCUGUUGGCCGUCGUAACGGCUGCUGGCUUCCCCUGUUUUGUCUCUGCCGAUGGAUGGCUGUUGUUUGGAUCCCGCGGGAGCGACGAAGUAGUGCUCAAACUUGCUGCAGCUCUGGCGAAGAACGUGAAGAGAAUCGUGGCCACUUCCCAGAAGCUAUGA